AUGAUCUUUCCGCGAAUCCUCGGCUCCUUUGCCGCGUUCCUUUCGCUCGCCAGGGCUGUCGAUCUGACUGGCUAUGAAUAUGUCGUCGUCGGUUCUGGUGCAGGCGGUGGCCCGCUCGCCGCUCGUCUUGCACUCGCCGGCCACAAGACGCUUCUCAUCGAAGCUGGUGACGACCAGGGCGCCAACGUCAACUACACUGUGCCCGCCUUCAGUGCCAGGUCAUCCGAAGACCCCAAUCUCAGCUGGAACUUUUACGUCAAGCACUAUGCAGACGAGCAGAGACAAGCACGUGACUUCAAGACCAGCUACGCCACUGCCGAUGGAGGCGAAUACACUGGCCUCAACCCACCUGAAGGCUCUACCAUGAAGGGUACUCUAUACCCACGCACUGGUACCCUGGGAGGCUGCACAGCACACAACGCUCUGAUCGCCGUCUACCCACACCAAUCUGAUUUUGAGCUCGUUCAAACUAUCACUGGCGACGACUCGUGGGCGCCUGCCAACAUGCGCAAGUACUUUGAGAAGCUUGAGAACAACCACUACCUCAUCCCCGGCACGGGAGCCCACGGAUACCAGGGCUGGCUUGGAACCGACUAUGCACCCAUUGAUAUUGUCACUUCUGACCCCAAGCUUCUCAGCUUGGUUGGCGGCGCCGCCUUUGCUCUUAGUAACAAGACCAACGCUAUCGUCAACCUCGCUACCCUGAUUGCUGGCGAUGCCAACGCCGACACCAAGAAGCGUGACGCUGGGCCAGGCCUUUACCAGAUUCCCAUCUCCACCACCGAUGGCAAGCGCACUGGUUCCCGCGAGUUUGUCCUGUCUGUUCGCGACGCCAAGGAUGCAAAUGGCGCGAAGAAGUACCCUCUCGACGUCAGACUCAACUGCCAUGUCACCAAGGUCACUUUUAACGAGGACGUCUCGCCUCCCCGCGCGACCGGAGUGGAAUUUCUCGACGGCCAGUACCUCUACAAGGCCAGCCCCAAGUCAGUUGGCGCCACUGGCACACCCGGUUCCGCCAAGGCAUCCCGCGAAGUCAUUCUCGCCGGGGGAACCUACAACUCUCCCCAGCUUCUCAAGCUCAGCGGUGUUGGACCCGCCGACGAGCUGAAGAAGUUCAAUAUUCCCAUUAUUGCCGACCGUCCUGGCGUUGGCACCAAUCUCCAAGACCACUACGAGAUCAACGUCCAAGGCAAAGCCCAAUCCGACUUUUCCGCUCUCAACGGCUGCACCUUUGACGAAAGCGAGCCAGACGCAUGCAUGGACCGAUGGGAGAAAUCCAUCUUGGGCAACCGCGGCAUCUACGCCUCACCAGGACUUGGCGCCACCAUGUUCUACCAGUCGAGUACCGCCGAGAACAACGACUAUGACAUCUUUGCCUUUGGCGGACCCGUCAACUUCCGCGGCUAUUUCCCGGGCUACGCACACAACGCCACGGCCGAGCACAACUGGUUCACCUGGGCGAUCCUCAAGGCGCAUCCCCGCAACAACGCCGGAACCGUAACCCUGCGAUCGGCCGACCCACUCGACAUGCCUGAAAUCACAUACAACUACUUUGACACGGGCGCAGGCGACUACGAGAAGGACCUCACUGCCCUAACCGAAGCCGUAGACCUCGCCCGCGACGCUUUCAAGCGCCAGCUCGUCCCCAUCGACGAGGUGCUUCCAGGCAAAGACGCCAACACACCCGCCAAGAUCGCCCAGUACGCAAAGGAUACGGCGUGGGGCCACCACGCUUCCUCCACAUGCCCGAUUGGCGCCGACGACGACAAAAUGGCCGUGCUCGACUCCAAGUUCAAUGUCCGUGGUGUUGCUGGUCUGCGCGUUGUGGAUGCUAGUGUUUUCCCUAGGAUUCCCGGCACGUUUACUGCCAUGUCGACGUACAUGGUUGCGGAGAAGGCAGCGGAUGUUAUUUUGACUGAGUUGCAGAGUACGGCAUAG